GUUAAAUUGUAUAAAUAAGAAUUAUUUUAUCUGCGAGCCAUCUAGCAUUAUUAAGUACAGCAAUAAAAAAAAUCAUUGGAUGUCAAUAAAAGACAGAACACGCUAUGGCACAUCUGUCUUACAUUUUUCCAAGACUCGCCGUAAUAAUUUCAAAUUUGAUAAGAGAACGAUGAAAAAUCAACAUACUGUCUAUGAUGAUAGUGUUACAAGUGGACCUUAUGACGUAGACGAUAAAAAGUAUCAAGAAGAUGAAGAGUCAACUUUCAAUCAUAAAUAUAAAGUUGAUCAAACACAAAUUGAUGAUUCCAGCACAAUGAUACCACAUGUAAAGUUUUCAGUAAAAUAUAGUAUACAAGUCCACAAUAAUAAGAAUAAACUAUUAGCCUCUUCAACAUAAUAACUCAUAAAAGUCCAACACAGUUAAAUGAAAACUUAUUGACACUGUAGGUUCAGGAUGAAGAAAGACUUGUUAAAUUUUUUCUGUGUAU